UAGGGUUUUUUUUCUUUCUCUUCUAUAUAUUCCUCGGCUCUUCCUUGUAUUCGUCUUGGUCAGUCAGAAAAAAACAAACCCGUCUCUUCUUCUAAGGCCCUUGUUGUUGUCGACGGUAACAGAAUUUUGUGGUUUCCAAAGAUAUGGACAAGAUCUGUGGGGUUUCCGAAGAUGAAUUGCUAGUAAAAAUUCUAUCGUUUCUUCCAACGAAAGUUGCUGUAAGCACAAGUGUUUUGUCUAAGCAAUGGAAGUAUCUUUGGAAGCGGGUGCUAAAACUUGAGUACGAUGACACCGAGUGCAAAACUAAAUCGUCUAAAUCACGUAAGAGGUUCCGGCGUUUUGUUAAAAGAAAUUUGCAAAUAGAUAGAGAGUCCAACUUAGAAAGCUUGUCUCUCAAGUUUAGUACUGCACCGUUUCAAUGUGAAGAUAUCGAAUCGUGGGUUAGAUUCGCAGUUUCUCGCGGCGUACGUCAGCUGAGUGUUGCCUAUUCUUCUGAUAGAGUGUGGCGUCGAGCCGUAUUGCCGAUUCACUUGUAUACUUGCAAAUCGCUGGUUUCCUUGAAACUCGAAGAGGAUAUUUCAUUGUGUAUUCCAGAGUGUAUCCCUCGUACGGUUUUUCUUCCCUCUCUGAAAACUUUGCAACUUCAAAGUGUGAAGUACUACUAUAAUCAAGAUCCUCUUAGACGAUUUCUAUCCAACUGCCCUGUUCUUGAGAAUCUGACCUUGAAACACAUUAAUACUAAACGAUGUUACAGCAAGCAAAAGUUUAGUGUCAGUGUCCCGUCUCUACAGAGUUUAUCCCUUGAGAUAGGUGAUGUAUCUAAUUUCGAUGGAUAUGAGAUAGAUACUCCUUCUUUGAGGUAUUUAAAAAUUAAGGAUCAUGAUGAUCGCCCCUCUUGUUCCAUUGAAAACAUGCCUAAGCUAGAGCAAGCACAUAUCGAUGUUGUAUUCCCCAACACCACAAAGUUACUCGAACCUAUCGCAUCCAUCAAGCGUCUUUCAUUAUGCUUAAAGGUCAACAGUGUAGAGGAUGUGUAUACUGAUGGAAUUGUCUUCAAUCAACUUGAACAUCUCAAGCUAUGCACAUGCAACACAUAUUGGUCAAAAUUACUUGUCCAAUUGCUCGAAAAUGCUCCUAAACUACAAGUCCUCGAGCUCUAUGUCAAUGAACAUUCACCUAUUAGUAGGACUCCAAUGGUUUACUGGAAGAAUCAACUGAGUUUGUGUUCCUCAAUGUUUUGUGACGAGUCUGGAAACUUUUAA